UGCUCGGCCCGAGUCGUCGUGCAGUACGGAACGCGCAGGAGGCAAGCAGGCGAAGCAAAACAGGCAAGCAGGCAGGCAACUCAGGCAAGCAGGCAGGCAGGCAGGCAGGCAGGCAGGCGGAUGGGCCGGCUGCUGUCGCGCGCAGCGCCCGAAACGACGACACGCAACGCACGCAUGUAAAUGUUGCCGCUGCCAGUUGAUCCGCGUGCGCGUGUACACGAGGGAGAUUGACCGGCACGUGACAUACGGAAUUGCCGCGCGCGAUAACGAAACGCCUGUUAUUAUUCGCGGCAGUGAGAUCGAGACUGGAGUAUCGAAUAUCGGAGCGACUCCAUCUCGAGGAUAGAGACGAGGACUCGAGAGAUCCGUGGUGAGUGCCUCCGCAGGGAUUCUUGCGCAGGAACGGAGCGCGGGUAUUAUGUCACACUCCCACGCGAGCGACGGCCGCCGCUGCCGUUCCUGCCGUCGUCGCUGCUGCCGUUGCCGCGGUUGUUGCUGCUGCUGCGAAUCUCAACAUCCUCGUCGUUUGACAUUUCCGCGGGCGUGCAACGCUUGACGGAUCACACCCGCGCGCCUCAUUGUGAAUGUUAUAUCCUAUAUGUUGCUCGUUUCGUCCUGUCGUAGUGUGUUCGACUCAUCGCCGCAACGUGACAUUUUUACGCGAGAUCGUAAUUCGACAGUGAAAUUCUUCUUGUCCACGUUUGCUCCGCAUUCCAGUGUUAUCUUCCGCUAUCGGCUCGAAGAAAAAAAUCGAAAACGUUUCCUGGAUCAUUCGCGCUUUGCCGGACGACGACGCGCCGUCCAACGGUCCCCGUGGAAGGAGGGAGAGGUGACAAAGGCGGCGCGCGUGCCCUCGAAGGCGAGGCGAAGUCAACACCAGGGAGGAUCGCGCCGCACGACGAAUCUCCGUCAACAGGACGAUGCGCAUCGUCGUCGUCAUCGUCGUCAUCGUCGCGAGUGUAUCGUUCUUGCCGUUGUACGUACAGCGCGAGUGAAUUACGAAAAAAGAACGUAAGAAAAUAAGCGGGGACGAAAAAGAAAGCGGAAGGACCAAGAGAGGGAGAGAGUGUGCAUCUCGCAACGUGUGUGAAAUGGAUGGUACGCCAAAGAAAAGCGAAGCAGUGCUAAUAUAUGGAUGCCCAUGGGUGGAACUUGGCCGAAAUGUGCCAGCGCUACCAUCACGCUAUACCGGCGACAGCGGCGGCGACGCAGAAUUCCUCGUCAGCUAGAGAUCCCUCGGCUGCCAUCGCGCAAGGCCUGUCAACCGCCGCUCACAUCGAUCAAGCCAGCCCGUCUUAUUCGCACUACACGAUGCUGGACAAUUAUGACAGGGGUGAGGUGACACCGCCACCACCAGCGGUAAGCGGUUACGGCUCCCCCGGUCUCUUGGCACUCCACUCCUCGCUUUACGCGACUCCCACGUCAAGGGCCUACGACAUUGAUUCCGGUAUCGACGGCAACGACAGCUCGAUGCCCAUCGACGCCCAAAUCAUCUCGAUACCGAGCAUGCUGACCGGCCCGGCGCAGCAACGGCUCGAAGAUAUGCCCUGGCUGGCUUCCGGUCCAUCGUUGGAAUACCAGCCUGGUAUCUCGCCGAUUCCUGCGGGAGUGAAGAUGUGCCAUCCCGGCGGCGGCACCGCCCAGAGGAGCCUCAAGGAGCAACGGAUACGUCGUCCGAUGAACGCGUUCAUGGUCUGGGCAAAGGUCGAGCGCAAGAAAUUGGCCGACGAGAAUCCCGAUCUCCACAAUGCCGAUCUCAGCAAAAUGCUCGGUAAGAAAUGGCGAGGGUUGACGCCACAGGACAGAAGGCCCUAUGUCGAGGAGGCCGAGAGGCUUCGGGUCAUACACAUGCAGGAACAUCCGAAUUAUAAGUAUAGGCCGCGGCGUAGGAAGCACGCGAAACGGACACCCGGUGCACCGUCCUCGCCUCCCUCGGCGACCAACACCGCAGGCAACAGGUCCAACUCUGCCGGCCCGGCGAUUCAUCAUUCCAUGUCCAAGAUGGACGGUUACCAGAGCAUGUCUCAAAUCCCAUGGGGUGGCCAUUCCCCGAUUUCAUCUUUGUAUCAUCAACAACAGCAGCAGAGUAUCCAGGAAUAUAAAUCGGAAAAUAAUUCGCUCUACGGUAGCCCUUACACGCCCAUUAUCCAUACCCCGGAUAUAUCUCCGGUGGCCAGUCCCGAGCCCGAUGGUGACGGUGGUCAUCUAUCGUCCGCUCAAAAUCCGGAUCCAGAACGAGAUCUGAUGGAAGGUACCUCGAAGCAACACGGAGAUAUGACCGAUCAGACGAAACGAUAUGCUUUUAUGAGUAGUGACAAUCAGCUGCACACGGGUCACGCUAGUAGCACUAGCAUAUCAUCGUGUCAGAAUUCUGGUGGUUACACAGACACUUUAACAUAUAAAAAAUCCGUUGGCUACUUGAACUUCGAGAGACAAUCCACGAGUAUAGCCGCGGUGGGCAUAGCGAACGGUAUGAUGGUAUCGUGCAAUAAAUUGCGCUCCGGUUUCGACAACGUCGGCUCCGUCACAGGCACGUUUUAUCCGCCGGUCGCCUCGCCACACGAUCAAUCGUUGCAGCAUUACAGCGGCACGCAGACAUCCAAGAACGCAGCGAACUAUUCGAUGCAGCCCACCAUCGAGAGUAAUUACAAUCCGGUCCAAUGUGCUGGCAGUCGACAGCAAUCCAUUGGAAUUCGCGGAGCCGCCGAAAGUUGUCCUGGUACAGUGACGCAUCGAUACCAAAUGCCGCAUCAUCAAGAGUACCAAACGGACGCGUCUUCUGGCAGUGGCCAGCAGCAACACGCGAUCCUCGGCGGUCACAUCGAUCCUGGUAUGAGCGCCGAGGAUGAUCAACAGCAGACACUUCAAUUGGAAAAAUAUUUCAAGUAUUCCCAUCCGACGAGCGUGGCACAUUCGAGCUUGUCCUCGCAGAGUAUGUUGGACAGUAAUCAUAACUAUGCCAGCGAUCUGCGUUAUUAUGGAGCACCGCCGCAAUCUCAAUUGGACAUACCGAACUCUCAGUGCAUUAUCGACGAUCAGCAGGGCAACAAGGACGCUCGUUGUUCUAACGUCGCAAUCGGUCACACUAUGGAGCAGUACUCGGGUUUGGAGGUGUCGAAAUAUACAGAUCAUUCGAGCACGCAACAGCAUCCGCAGCCGCAGACUCAGAGUAUGGAGCACGUGCCCAAGGCCGAUGAUGAUUUCAGUGUUAUACUUGCAGACGUGCGUAAGACUUGCUAUAGUAGCUAGUGUUUCUCCUUCUAGUGCAUCGCAAUCCGCGGAUUAAACUGACAUGCUGGAUUUUAGAAACUUUCCUUUCCCUCAUAACCGAGAAGAACCAAGACGUUUGUGUGCAUGUUUCAUCAUGUAGUUGGUGCUACUGCAAAUGUAUCAAAACAUUUUUAUCUCGUGAUAGAAGGUAUGUUCUCCUCGUUAAUCGGAAGAAUAUUUCCAUUCCGAAUCUUCACACAAGCAAGAUAUUUAGUUGCAACUCAAUUCGUUCACUCCCACUUCAUUUCCAGUACGAGAAACGUUUAAUUGCAAUUUUAUCUUCUGAAAUUCUGUCUAUAAAUAUCUUCUGUGCAUAAAAACGAUCUCUUAUAGAUUUCAGUUAACUGAAAUUAUAUCGGUAUCAGUGGCACGAUUGUCGCCUGUCAACAAAUUACAGUAAACAAAAUUGCAAUAAUCAUGAAUAAAAAUAUAAUAGGAUAAUGAUCUAUGUAAAUAUUCAAUAUAAUCAAGAUCAUAUUUUUAUUAUAGUAGAUUAUCGUUUUACUGAAAUUUUGUACAAAGUAUUAAAUUUUUUGAAUUUCUAAUAUCUUAUUUACAGUGUUAUACAAAUAUUUUAGAUAAAAUUAUGAUAGGCGGCUGAUGGUGCACGACUGAUGGUGCAUAGCUGAUGGUGCACGGCUGAUCUAGUAUAGCAUAAAAUUGCAAAGAGAAUUGUAUACUCACAUAAAUGUCACAUCUGUAGUUUUAUUAUCAAAGAUAAUACAGUAGAAAAGAUAAUAGUGAUAGCGAGAAAUAUUAAAUUUAUAUUAUUAUAUUAGAAAAUGGUCACAUGUCAAGAAAUGUUUUGCAUCAACAAGUCUCGUAUUUAUUUCGAGAUAACAGCACUUAUCCAUCACUGAGUUUUAUUGUUCAAAAAUUUAUUUUUAAUCAUUACAAAUGAUAAUUUUACAUAAACUGUUUUUGUAAAUAAAUUUUCCUUGCUCAUCAGAAUAAUAUUUCUAGUGAUUUAUGUAAAUCAAAUUUCGUAGAAAUGCGAGUGGUGCAAAAUGUCUUCGAUGUGUAUAGAUACGUGUAAAGAAUUUUGGGUAAAGUAAAUUAUUAUUAUACUAUUGUUAUUUUGCUAUUAUAUAUUAUUAUCUAUUAUUAAUUAACAUUAUUAUUAAUAUUAUUAAUGUAUCGUACUUAAUAGAAGAAUUAAUUAUGAAAAUUUUUAUCUGCAUAUAUUCUUCAAAGAACAUCCUCCCACAAAAAAUAUAUAUAUAACACGUUAUCGACACAUUUUCGUGUUAUGCAUAUCAUUUAUUUUGUCAUGCACUUAGUGCACACGUAUAUACUAUAUUGUAAAAUAUUAUAUGCUAUCUAUAUAUUUCUUUAUUUAAAAUAAAAUUUUUCAUUAUGAAAUUUGAUGCACGUGAUAAAAUUAUAUAAUCUUCUGGAGAACAUUGGUAUCUUUCGCGAAACAAUAUCGUAAGUAAUAUCAUAAACAAUAUAUGUUAAUUGUACAUGUAUAUAUUAGAUACAAUCUUUUGGAUUACCACAUUAAAAUUGCAAUUGUCAUUAAAACAUAUAUCAUGUA